UGUCAUUUGAGUAAAGCAGCUUGUGCAAUUCUUUGUAUCAAGUUCGACGCCCCAGCAAACACAGAACAGGAAUAGCUGUCCCGCUCUCUCGACCGAUUGAAGAUGAGAGCCCAUUACGUCCUUGCCUGCCUGGCUGUUUUGGUAGCUACCACUGCAGCCGCCAACAUACGACCCACUGUGAACGUCGUCAACAAUUCGCUGUACCGCCGCUACGUGUGUGUGAACAAGUCGAAUGGAUUCCGCGCUCUGGUGCCCGGUAGCUGCUCUAGAUUCUACGAGUGCCAGAACGGUGUCGCUUCCGAGACCAGUUGCCCCGGAUUCUACGACCCGAAGGUUCAGGGUUGUGUCAACUACAACACAGGAUGCGUUGAAGUGAUGCAAGUGGCAGGUCCUGUUGUUGGCAACAACGUAGAGCCGUGUGGUGAGACAAUACCGACAACCACGCCCUGCGCUGAAGUCACGACGCCCCCAUGUGAGCCAGAGACAACUCCACCCUGUAACUCAGAGACGACACCGACAACAACCACUUGCACUACGACAACAUGUACGACACCAACAACAACUACUUGUGCAACAACAAAAACAACCACAACAAAGACAACUACUUGUACAACACCAACAACAACCACUUGCACUACGACAACAUGUACGACACCAACAACAACUACUUGUACAACAACAAAAACAACCACAACAAAGACAACUACAACAACAACUUGUACAACGCCAACAACAACCACUUGCACCACGACAACAACAACCACAACAAAGACAACCACAACAACAACCACCUGUGCCCCGAUCACGACCCCCACAACCUGCACAACAACCACUUGCAGUGGACAAGUAACAACAACGGCUUGUGCUCCUGGAAGCUCUGGCGGUAAAGUAAGACCUUCAUCAGUUUAUGCAAGGCCCGCAGCGAGACCUUUGCACAGCGCUUUGCCUGCGGUCAUGGACCAGCAUCUGAUGCCCUUGGGUGGGCCGUCGAACGAGCUAAGCAUGAACCUCUACACCACCUAUGUGUGCCGUAACAAGCCCGACGGUUUUAUGCUUGCCUCCCUGACGAGCUGCAACAACUAUUAUAUCUGUCGCUACGGCAAGCCCCUGCAGGUGAGCUGCGGUGCCAAGUACUUCAAUGCGCUCAAGGGCAUCUGCGAUCUGCCAGAGAAUACGCGUUGCAUACAGCCGCGAGCCUAGGCGAGUCGCCCAUCCAUUGACGUAACGACCUAUCGAGUCCAAAGCAAAUAUAAAAUACGACAACUCCACCAAAAUUAUCUAUAUACAUAUUUACGAAUAUACUGUUCUACUUAAUUCCAAUUGAAUUACAACUAAAUAAGCAAAUGCCAAUAUAGGCCAGAAACAUGCAAGCAAA